AUGGCUGACGAAGUGACAAAACGUUUGCUAAGAGAAUGGGGAAAUGUCUGUAGUCUUCGAGCAAGUUAUAUUAAUGCUAGUAUUAAACUUCUUUGGGAUAGUAGAGAAUUGGAAUCUGUUAAUACAUUACAGCUGUUGGAAAGUAGUUCUAACCUCUUUUGGGAAUGUGGAACUGGUUCUAAACUAACAAAAAUAAAAAAUCCAUUGUCUGAUUCCCUGAAAUGUAAUGACCUAGUGGAAAACAUCGCAAGUUUGCUAGACGAUGAAAAUUUCAAAGAUGUCACGUUUAAAAUAGAAAAGCAGGAAUUAACUGCCCACAAAGCGAUACUCGCUAAUCAAAGUCCUGUGUUUGCUGCGAUGUUUAAUAAUAAAAUGAAUGAACAACUAACGUCUGAAGUUGAAAUAAAUGAUAUAAAACCAGAAGUAUUUCAGAAAAUGCUUCAAUUUAUUUACUGUGAUCAAGUUGACAAUUUAGACGAAUCGGCAUUAGAAUUGUAUUACGUUGCCGACAAAUAUCAACUAGAAAAACUAAAGAUUAUGUGCAUCAAAAGUUUACAGGAUAAUUUAUCCUCAGAAACAGUUGUAAAUACUCUUGAUGUUGCGGAUUUGUAUUCAAUUUCCAAAUUAAAGAAUAAAUGUUUGAAUUUUUUAAACAAAGAAUGUGAAAUAAUGAAUACAAUAGAGUUUAAACAAUUAGUACAAGAACGUCCACAUUUAUGCAUUGAACUUGUGAAAGUGGAAAAAGUAUCUGAUGAAAAUGACGAUGAAGAAGAAAAUAAGAACUGUUAUGAGAAUUGGACUCAUACAAUACGUGCAGAAGAAUAA